UUGACUAACCUAUUUAUCUCAGAUAAUACAUACGAAAAUUACGUGAAAAACGGAAAAGAAGCACUAACUGAAGAAGUUGUUGAGGAGAACGCCGAAGACUUUAUACGUUACGAGACUUUUUAUAGCGGUUCUUGCGACGACUACGAAUUACCUUAUCUUUCGAAAAUUAAUUAUCCUGAUAACAAAACACCAAACAAGUACUAUAAAAGUGAUAAGAUCCUCGACAACAUGUCUGUCGUUCCAGGACGAAUUGUUCGAGGAUGUCUCGAUAUUUUUGCGCAUACAAUCACUUUGUUGCUGUUAAUCAUACAACUUGGACUAUUAGAUUACUACUACCUAACUUUUCUAAAAGAUAAGAUAUGGUACGCAUGGAUUGGUGCCGACGCACUCGUUGUUAUCAUUUUCAUAUGGCUAUUCAUUCUAGCAGUACGUUACAAUCAAGAACAUAUGGAAGAAGCAAGUUCAACUGAUGGAAAAGUGAAAUUCGCAUGGAUUGCCUGGUUCGCUUAUUCCAUUGUGCUCACCGGCAAAAUCAUUGCUUGUUUUCGAAUCUUUUAUAAUGAGCUACCUCCAACAAAGUCUGAUAAUAAUGAUAAAAUCUUUGAUGAUCAUUUGUUCCGUCUUGGAUUGUCGCUCAGUCUUCUGUUAUACGUAUUUCUCGUGGAAUCACAUCAUUACACAUCGCUAACCAGUAUUCGCCAACUUUAUAUCAUUUAUCUCACCACAGCGAUUUGUUUCGAUCUCAUUGAUACCAUUUACUUUCUCGACCUUCUCUGGCAAUCAUUCAAAAAUGAUUGGAACCUACCACUAUGGACUGAUAUAACAAUCAUAUCAUUAGUGGGUGUCAAUAUUAUACUUCCGACAUUUUCAUUACUGCGACUUCGUUUCGAAAGAUAUCCACGGAUCUCCUAUUUCAGCGAUAAAAUGCUUGCUUUGGUCUACGUAUUAAUCGUGAAUGGACCUUAUCUGGGAAUUCGCAUUUACCUAUAUGUUUUCCUCGAAAUUCAACAACGCGGUAAAGCAUAUAAUACAGAUUUAUUGGUACUGAAAAAUAUCGCAAUGAUCUAUUUAGCGACAAAAGAAGUCUGGAAUCGUAUACAAUACUGGCGUCAACGAAAAAAUAUUGGUGGAUCGAAUGGUCAUCUAACAGCAGCAAUAGAUUCAAAUGAAGAAUAA